AUCGCUUUCGGUUAGCGACAGUAGGGCUUGGAGAGGUGGUCUUGACAGCGUUUAUUGCUGAUGUCCCCGCUUAGUUCUUCGCCUCUUGCUGGUAUAUAAUAUAGGCUCAAGGUACCGAAUUGCUUACAGUAUCCGAGUGACCUCAUGCAACACCGCUGAGAUUUCUCACGCGCCAGCUCAACCCGCUUGAGCGUUCCCUCAAAACGCUGAGCGAUAGCUCCUGUGCUCCUUUUACAUUGCGUUGCCAUGUCUCUUUUUGGACAGCAAACCGCUCAGCAGCCCCAGUCCACGGGGCUGUUUGGCCAGCAGACCGGAAGUCUAUUCGGAGCACCACAGCAAGCGAAGCCCCUCUUUGGCUCUCUCGGCCAACAGCAGCAGCAACAACCUCAACAGCAGACCGGGAGUCUCUUUGGAGCAAGCACUCAGCAGCAGCAGCAGCAACCGCAGCAACCGCAGCAGCAGACAGGGAGCUUGUUUGGCGGUAUCCAACAAAACCAACAGAAACCAGGCGGGCUAUUCGCUGGACUUGGGUCCAACACUCAAACGCAAACGCAACAAGGGGGCAAUUUGUUCGCCGGACUUGGCUCUACUUCUACUACACAGCAACCCCAAUCAACGGGAGGUGGCCUUUUCGGAAGUUCUUCAACGCAACAGCAGCAGCCUCAGCAACAGCCAUCGGGGGGCAGUAUGUUCUCGGCAUUUGGCCAGAAUACCCAGCAACAGCAACCACAGACACAGCAGGGUAGUGGACUCUUUGCAGGGGUUGGAGCAAGCACUCAGCCGCCACAACAGCCUUUCGGAGCUACACUUAGCGCUGGGCAGCAGCACCAACAACCACUCGGACAAUCUCAACAAAACGGAGCAACGUUGUGGACACCGGGACAAGGAAUGACUGGCGUUCACCGUACAGUACCAAUGCAAAUGAGCAUUGUCACGGAUAAGUGGCAGCCCACUAGUCGAAACUCCCCGUUUCGCGCCCACCUAUACAACAAUGUAGGCGAAGAUAAUGCGCCCUUUUUCCAGCCUGGGCCGAAUGAUGACGAAGCAAAAUGGGAGGAAGCGCUGCGGAAAAGACCUGGUCCGGGUUACGUGCCUGUGCUCGUCCAGGGGUUUUGGGAGCUGGGAAAACGAGCACAGCGACAGCGGGAUUUCCUCGCCAUGAUGCAAGUCCGCCUGCAUGAAAUCAAUAACGCUCUCACAGAGCUCCUCUCGCGUCACGACCUGAAAAUUUCGGUUAAGAUUGCCGCCUGCCGACGAAAACAUAUAGUCCUCAGUCAGAGAUGUCUUGCCCUUGCGGCGAAAACGCAGAUAUUGAGGAAUCGCGGGUACGCUAUGGAUGGGACCGAGGAGGAGUUGCAGAAGAAGCUUCACCAACUAGAGCGCUCCGUGUUCGACCCCUCCCUCAAUGGCCGCACGGAGGAAAUCUGGGCCAGAAUGUUGGCUAUCCGUGAACAGUCGAAGCGCCUGCAGCUGGAAGUGGAGAAAACUGGCCAAGAGUCUAACCAACAAGCCGACGAUGAAUUGGAUGAGAGUGCUCUGAAGACGGCUAAGAAGAUUCUGGAAAGCUAUGCUGCACAGAUCCAGCAUUUGAAUAAGGAGCUUGCCGCUGCGCAGAGGGAUUUUGAAACAAUACACGGAUCCUCGACAUGAAGUGUGCUUCCUGUGAUUUCGGCUCUAGUUUAGUUUUUAGUUUUAUUGUUCUUCUUCUCACAUUCAAUAUAUUAUCAUUGAAUUGAGCGGGAAAUUAUUUUCUGUUUUCUUCUAUUCCUCUUUUCUCUUAUAAGCUCAGGAAUAUAUAUCCCAGUGGCGUAACGGGGUGGAAAUAUUGGAAACUAUCAGCAAUGGAUCAUCCUGUAAACCCCAAAAAAGAAAAUAAAAAAAAAAG